AUGACUACUUACACUUUCAAUGUUGACAUGACCUGCGGUGGUUGCUCAAAGGCUGUAAAUGCUGUUCUUUCAAAGCUCGAUGGUGUCUCAAAUAUCAAGAUUGAUUUGGCCACCAAGACUGUUGUAUGCGACAGUGCCAAUCUUUCUGCUCAAGACUUGUUGACCAACAUUCAAAAGACCGGAAAGAAGGCCUCUAUCGUUGCUUAA